GGAGAGGGAGCAGGACCUCGGCCGGGAGAAGAAGCCGUUCGGGAGCCCAGAGGCCAGGGCCCAUGGGGUAGCCUCACCCCCCGCCGGCUACCCCUGCCCACCCCAUGGGCAGCGCCGGCCCCGCGGGGCGUGGUCCGGGCGGCCGAGCCCCGGGGCAGUGAGAGGUGGCCGGAGCGGUGGCCGGAGCGGAGCAUGUGGGGCCUCGUUCAGCUCCUGCUGGCCUGGCUGGGCGGCUGGGGCUGCGCGGGGCGGCUGGGCCCCCCGGCUCGGGCCGGGGACCCGGGGGAGCCGGGGACCCUGUUGCUGCGUGCCCGGAGGAGUUGGGUCUGGAACCAGUUCUUCGUCAUCGAGGAGUACGCGGGCCCCGAGCCGGUCCUCAUCGGGAGGCUGCAUUCGGAUGUGGACCGGGGUGAGGGCCGUACCAAGUACCUGCUGACGGGGGAGGGCGCGGGCACCGUGUUCGUGAUCGACGAGGCCACGGGCAACAUCCACGUCACCAAGAGCCUGGACCGGGAGGAGAAGGCGCAGUACGUCCUGCUGGCCCAGGCGGUGGACCGAGCCUCCAACCGGCCCCUCGAGCCGCCCUCCGAAUUCGUCAUCAAAGUGCAGGACAUCAACGACAAUCCCCCCGUCUUCCCGCUCGGGCCCUACCACGCCACCGUGCCGGAGAUGUCCAACGUCGGGACGUCGGUGAUCCAGGUGACGGCUCAGGACGCGGAUGACCCCAGCUACGGGAACAGCGCCAAGCUGGUGUACACGGUGCUGGACGGGCUGCCCUUCUUCUCCGUGGACCCCCAGACGGGUGUGGUGCGCACGGCCAUCCCCGACAUGGACCGGGAGACGCAGGAGGAGUUCCUGGUGGUGAUUCAGGCCAAGGACAUGGGCGGCCACAUGGGUGGGCUUUCCGGCAGUACCACGGUGACCGUCACCCUGAGCGACGUCAACGACAAUCCCCCCAAAUUCCCUCAGAGCCUUUACCAGUUUUCGGUGGUGGAGACGGCCGGGCCGGGAGCGCUGGUGGGCCGGCUGCGGGCCCUGGAUCCCGACCUGGGGGACAACGCCCUCAUGGCCUACAGCAUCCUGGAAGGGGACGGGGAAGGAGCCGAGACCUUCAGCGUCAGCGCGGACGCCCACGGGCGCGACGGGCUCAUCACCAUUCGCAAGCCCCUGGACUUCGAGAGCCGCCGUUCCUACGCUUUCCGGGUCGAGGCGACGAACACCCUGAUCGACCCGGCCUACCUGCGGCGCGGGCCCUUCAAGGACGUGGCGUCGGUGCGGGUGACCGUGCAGGACGCCCCGGAGCCCCCGGCCUUCUCCCGCCCCGCCUACCGCCUGGCCGUGCCCGAGAACAGUGCCCCCGGGACCCUGGUGGGCCGAGUCUCCGCCGCCGACCUCGACGCCCCGGCCAGUGCCGUCAGGUACUCCAUCCUCCCCCACUCGGACCCCGAACGCUGCUUCUCCAUCGGGCCCGAGGACGGCGCCAUCCGCACCGCCGUGCCCCUGGACCGCGAGGUCCGGGCCUGGUACAACCUCACCGUGCUGGCCACCGAGCUGGACAGCCCCGCGCAGGCCUCCCGCGUGCAGGUGGCGAUCCAGGCGCUAGACGAGAACGACAACGCCCCCCAGCUGGCCGAGCCCUACGACACCUUCGUGUGCGACACCGCCGCCCCGGGCCAGCUCAUCCAGGUCGUCUGGGCGGUGGACCGGGACGAGGGUGGCAACGGCAGCCGGGUGACCCUAAGGAGCCCCCGCGGCACCGAGGCCAACUUCACGAUCCAGGACAAUAGAGACGGCUCCGCCAACCUGCUGUUGCCCCCGCGCCUGGCCCCGCCACGCCGGGCGGCCUACCUGGUGCCCAUCGAGCUGCGGGACGGAGGACAGCCGGCGCUGAGCAGCACGGCCACCGUGACGGUCAGCGUGUGCCGCUGCCGGGCCGACGGCACCGUGGCCGCCUGCGGGCCCGAGGCCCUGCUGGCCCCCGCGGGCCUCAGCACCGGGGCCCUGCUGGCCAUCCUGGCCUGCGGUGCCACUCUGCUCGCGCUGGGCGUGCUGUUCGCGGCGUUGCGGCGGCAGAAGGCGGAGGCGCUGAUGGUGCUGGAGGAGGAGGACGUGCGCGAGAACAUCAUCACCUACGACGACGAGGGCGGCGGCGAGGAGGACACCGAGGCCUUCGACAUCGCCGCGCUGCAGAACCCCGACGGCGCCGCCCCGGGCCCGGCCCCGGCCCCGGCCCCGGCUCCGGCUCCCCCGCGGCCCCCGGGCCGGCGGGACGUGCUGCCCCGGGCCCGCUCCCCGCGCCGGCCCCGGCCCCGGCCCCCGGCCCCGGCCGACGCGGCCCAGCUGCUGGCCCUGCGGCUGCGGGAGGCGGACGAGGACCCCGGCGUCCCGCCCUACGACUCGGUGCAGGUGUACGGCUACGAGGGCCGCGGCUCGUCCUGCGGCUCGCUCAGCUCCCUGGGCUCCGCCAGCGAGGCCGGGGGCGGCCCGGGGCCGGCCGAGCCUCCGGAGGACUGGGGGCCGCUCUUCCGCACCCUGGCCGAGCUCUACGGGGCCCAGGAGCCCCCCGCGCCCUGAGCGCCCCGCCCGGGAC